GGGAGAUGGCCUCCAAGUGCUCAACCAGUGUUGAAUUUGUUCCUUAUAUUUAUCACAUCUAGUGACCUUCCAACACAGCUGUUUUACAAACAGAUCGAGGUUUUAACUGUUGGAURGUUGGUUAAAGUAUAUGGRCCACCAUAAGUUUGUUUUAAGCUUGCAAUCUCUCAUUAGGUGUGUUUGAAUUCCCGGUAUGUUGGUAGGCUAAGCGUGGGUCGGUAGCUAGUGACACAUACAACUGCGAUGAAGACGAUCACACCUUGUAAGCCAUUGUAAAGUAUAAUACUACAAUCCAAAAAAAGAGCAGUUAAGAGUGUAAUUAUUCUACAACCAUGGUGUACACAUUCAGUAUUUCACGUGUUUUGCUGUUAUUUAUGGCCCUGUAUUUAAGUAUUCMAAAUUGCACCAACCAAGAACUAACAACCCCAGAUAUGUUGACAAAUAUUGCCAUAGACAGUGCAACUGGCAAUCUUUACAUUGGAGGAAGGAACUUUCUUCUUAAGACAAAUGCAGAUUUAGUAACUAUAGUAAAAAAUACCACUGGACCUCAAAUGGACAAUCCAGAAUGUUUUCCAUUGCCGGAUCGUUGUGACAAGCAGCGUGUCCCCACGCCAAACCUCAAUAAAGUAUUAUUACUUCAUAAAUCCUCAAAACAGUUAGUCACAUGUGGAAGCUUGUACUUUGGCUCUUGUGAACUGCGUAAUAUAGACACUCUAGAGGAAAUACCAUCUGCAAGAAGAGAUAUAAUAGCAUCAAAUCAGCCUUCCCCUGCUGUAGGAAUCAUUGCACAGGGACCAUCAAGCACAGACGUUUUCUACAUAGCAACAACAUGGAGUGAAAAAGCAUUGAAAGAUUUUGGCCCUCCUGCUAUUGCUACUCGUACUUUAGAGUACAUGUUUGGUAGUGCUUUUGAACUAGAGGUGGAUAAAGCAAAGACAUCCAAACUGACAUUUAGAGAUAAAAAGUACGAAGUAUUUUACGUCUAUGGAUUUGCCAGUGGUGGCCUCAAUUAUUUUAUAGCAGUUCAGGAAACUUACAGCUCUUACAUGAAGCGAAAAAAAGAUAGCAAGGCCUUGAGGGAAUACGAAACAAAAAUAUCUCAUGUCUGUCAUAAAGAUGAAUCCUACAAGACAUAUACAGAAAUACCUCUGAAAUGCACCUCUAAAAAUGGUACAGAUUUUAACAUAGCAAGAUCUGCUUCAGUAUCUAAACCAGGUGUAAGAUUGGCAAAACAACUUGGCAUUUCAUCCAGUUCCGACRUGCUAUUUGUCACAUUUAGUACAUCAAAAAGGGGUUCCAAGGAACCACUUGAGGAUUCAGCAUUAUGUUAUUAUUCUGURAAGGAAAUUGAAGCAGCCAUCAAGAGAAAUGUUGAAAAAUGUUUUGAAGGAGGCACUCCCUUGGGAAUGCCUUGGGUUAAUGAUGAUAAAAGUGAAGUUAAGUGCAGCAAAGAAACCUAUCGUGAUGCAUGUUUGUUAGCAACUUCUUCUAGCAAUUAUCCUAUUGGUGGAAGUAUAAGCUUAAGUAAGGAGGCAGUUACAGAAGAGAGUAACUUAAUAUCAGUUUCAGCUUUGCCUUAUGAAGACUUUACAGCAGUUUUCAUGGGUGAUACCAGUGGAAAUCUGCUAAAGGUUUCAAUUGGAGAUGGAUCACCUACUAAACCUUAUUACAAGAAGUCAAUCACUGGUGGAAAAUCUAUCAAGAAACUUGUUAUAAGCCAAGACAAGCAGUCACUAUAUGUGGGUACAAGCAGCAAGGUGAUGAAGGUUCCAAUAGAAGAUUGCACUUCUCAUGGCACCUGUCAAUCAUGUACUGGACAUGGCGACCCUUUCUGUGGAUGGUGUUCCUUGUACACAAAAUGUAGCCGAAGAGCAUUUUGUUUAAAUUCUGAUGUCCAUCCUCUACGCUUCACAAACAAUGCUUCACAGUGUAUACAGGUURUUUCAACAAAGCCURAAAGGGUUCCUUAUGGAAGUGUUACACAGUUGGAAGCAACACUCCAAAGUUUACCUCCAGCACCAAAGGGAGCRAUGUACAAAUGCUACUAUGGAAAUCAAGAACGCCCAACUACUGUAUUUGACAAUGGUACUGUCAUAUGCACCACACCUGAUAGUGGUCUACCGCCGAUUUCAAGUGAUACAGGUGAUAUCCAAGUUGAAUUGUCCCUGCUUUCUACUGAGACUGGAAAACGCAUUGUGUCUAUUAGAAUACCUUUCUAUGACUGCACAAAGAUGAAAGGGUGUGUUGCUUGUGCUGAGAGUGAGUACGAUUGUGAUUGGUGUACUUAUCAAGGGAAGUGCUUUGCUGAUGCAAUUGCAAAUUGUCCAAAUGUUGGAGAAGCUGUUCUCUCAAAAAAUAAACGYCCUUUGAAUGCUGUUGGUUGUCCCUACCUUGAAGAAAAUCAAAACCUAUUUCUUCCAAAUGAUAUUUCAUCAAAUUUUGAAAUCAAAGCAAGGAACCUUCCUGCUUUAAAGGGUAACUAUGGGUUCAAGUGUAUUUUGUUGGUUGGAGCAUCUGAGUCACCCUUCCAUGUUGACGCAACAAGGAAUAGUGACUCUCUACUUACUUGCAAUCCUAAAGUGUAUUCAUACAAAGCUAACACGCAGUUCUCAUCUGCUAAACUGCGUGUUCUUUGGCGAGGAGUAGAUGAAAUCCAAAAACCCAAGUCAGUAACAGUUACUCUAUACAAGUGCAGUGUGAAUAGAGGAGAUUGCAGUACRUGCUUGACAGCUARACCCAUACUWAAGUGUGGAUGGUGUAAAGCAGACRUUAGUUCCUGUCAAGUUGAACAAGCUUGUCCUCUKCUGUGGAAACACAGGUCUAGGUCUUGUGACACAAAGCCACUGAUAAAGAAGUUUUGGCCUACAACUGGGCCACCAAAAGGAGGAACAACCAUAGAAAUAGAUGGAGUGGAUUUUGGAAAGGAGUUUCUAGACAUCAAAAACACUGUCUUCAUUGGAAACUAUUCAUGUAUUCCUGACAGCAAGGAAUACAAAGUAUCCAAACGGAUUGUUUGUAAUACAACGAGUAGUGGAAGRGAUUUCAAAGGACCCRUCAGAAUCAUUGUCAAUAACUUUGAGGGAGUUUCAAARACACUGUUUUCAUACCAGACACCAAAAAUCAUGGAUUUUCAUCCCAAAAAAGGACCAAAAUCUGGAGGUUCAUUUGUCAACAUUACGGGUAUCAAGUUGAACACUGGUAGAAUGAUUCAUGCAUGGCUUGGAGAUACACCAUGUCUUGUAGACAGAGCCAAGGUAACAGACACUAGUAUUCCAUGUGUGACUCAGAUGACGUCAUCCAGGUCUCGCAGAGCUGCAUCCAAUGACUCGUCAUCGUCAUUACUGGGCAAUGUCAUUGUGUCAUUUGAUGGUUUUCGGCCACCAAGCCCACYAGUUCAGUUUGAAUUCACAGCAGAUCCCAUUGUUUUGAAGAUUGAACCUGAKAMAACGUUUCCAAGGUAUGUAGUUCAUCAUGUUAUUACCUGUCAAUCUUUGGUCAGAAAUYUACAAAUCUUUUCUGUUUUCAGUGGUGGGUUAGUAAUGMAMAUUACUGGAGACAACUUUGACAGCGUCCAGAUACCAAAGAUGUUUUACACGAAGGCCGGUGAUGAACGGAUUGUCUCAGAUCAGAAAAUAUGCACAGUUAUCAGUAAUACCAAAAUGACUUGYCCCAGUCCUAAYGUGACUGACUUCAACCUUGUUCCUGGUUCUGUGAACGCUUCUAARGUUAUUGYWGGGUUURUCAUGGAUAGUGUUCAAGGCCUUCGCAAUGUUAGCACUCUAGCAAUAGUAAAYGAUCCUUACUUCAAGCCGUUUGAUGAAGUCAAAGAUAUUAACACUGAAAAUCCUCUGGUUCUUGAGGGAAGUUAUUUGAAACUUUUAACCAAAGACCAAGUCACUGUUACUAUAGAAGGGGUUCACUGUAAUGUUACWGCAGUUGCUGAUAAAAACGUCGUUUGCAACAUUCCUGCUAAAAGCAYCGUGGUUGGUAACCUUCCUGAUGGCGUUGAGAUAGACGAGUUUACGCUUACGGUAAAGGCCGCUUAUUUGACGUUCGUUCUUGGUAAAGUUAAAUACACUYUAAUGAAGCCUGUWAAGGAAUUCCCCKUGUUGUACGUGGCCAUUGGGGUGGCUGUUGGUGGCUUUGUGUUUAUAGCGAUAAUCAUUUGCCUGAUUUGUCUCUAUCGUAAGAAAAAACGCCAACAGUACAAAAGCAAUGAACGCUAUGAAAUGAAAAUUGCCAAUAUGGAGUCCAAAGUGGCGAAAGAGUGCAGAAAAGCUUUUGCCGAACUGCAAACGGACAUGACUGACUGGACAAGUGAUCUGUCGGCAGCAAGGAUGCCUUUCUGGGAUUUCCGGACUUACGCYUUGCAUGUUCUCUUCCCUGGYGUCCAGGAACACGCGGUUUUGAAUAUGAAGAGUAAUAUGACACCUAACUGGGAGAACGGACUCAGAAAGUUUGCACAGUUGAUCUAUAACAGAGAAUUUCUGCUGAUUUUCGUGAGGACAUUGGAACAGCAAAACAAUUUCAACAUGAAAGAUAGAUGUAACUUGGCAUCUCUGAUAAUGGUGGCUUUGCAAUCAAAGAUGGAAUACGCCACAGACAUUCUUAAGCAACUGUUAUGUGAAUUGGUACGCAARUCCGUUGCUCAAAGUCACCCAAAACUUCUUUUGAGGAGGACCGAGUCUGUGGCUGAGAAGCUUUUGACAAACUGGUUGGCGUUUUGUAUGUUCAAUCAUCUGAAGGAUGAGUCAGGGAAGCCAUUGUUCAUGCUGUUUAUGGCCAUCAAGUAUAACAUCGAGAAAGGACCUGUUGAUAUGUURACUGGAGAUGCACGCUACUCACUCAGUGAAAAUAAACUAUUACGUCACACGGUGGAAUACGAGACGUUAAGAGUGUCAGUGAGCCAAGACGACGAGCCACCGAUCCAAGUUACGCUAUUGGAUAGUGAUACUAUAACUCAAGCCAAAAACAAGAUUCUUGAUACAAUACACAAGCACGAACCAUAUUCAGGUCGACCAAAGCAAGAAACGUUCCAACUAAGUUUGGUAACGAGUGACGGGGCUGAAAAAGUUCUCGUAGAUGACGAUGCGUCUUCAGUGGUCGAGGGUCYKUGGAGACGGUUGAAUACAUUGGGACAUUACAAGGUUCCUAAUGAAGCAUUAUUAAAGCUUUCGACUCACCAUACACUCUUCUAUGGKAGUACAAGCUCUGACUUACAAGUGCACAGCGUUCCAAGAACAGCGUUUAAACCAUUCAGUUAUACACCGUUGUCUCGUGGUAGUAGAGAAGAUCUUGUUGAUGAGGGUGGAAAGGUCUGGCAUUUGGUCAAACAAGUAGAUUAUACCUUAGUCCAAGAAGACACGAAAAUGAUGCCAGAAAUCUAUCUAACCCGUCUUCUAGCUACCAAGGGUACAUUGCAACAAUUUGUUGAUAAUCUCUUCGACGCCAUCUUUACGAUAAAUCGUAAUAAACCUGCUCCAGCCAUUAAGUUCAUGUUCGAUUUGUUGGACAACCAAGCCCAGGAAUUGAACUUAACUGAUCCAGAAGUUUUACAUACAUGGAAAAAUAACAGUUUGCCUCUACGGUUUUGGAUCAAUAUAGUCAAGAAUCCUAAUUUUAUAUUCGAUUUAAAUAAAGGAAGUACCAUAGACUCGUGUUUGUCUGUUAUCGCCCAGCUGUUCAUGGAUGCCUGUUCUACCUCUGAUGACCGGCUUAGCGAGGAUUCGCCAUCCAACAAACUUCUGUAUGCUAAAGAUAUUUCAAGCUACAAGAAAAGGGUAGAACGUUACUACGCCGACAUAAGGGCUCUACCGCCGACACCCGAUGCUGAAUUAAAAGAUUUCUUUGCUGAUCUUUCUAUGCAAUAUGGGAAGAUGUUCAACGCGGACGUUGCUUUAAGGGAACUGUUUAAAUAUGUAUCUAAAUAUCAAUAUCAGCUUCAAGAUAAAUUAGAAGAGAGUGGUUAUUCCAAGCUUGCUUCAAACCUUGAACACGUGACAGCCGAGAUUGACGACAAUUAGACGUAUUGUCCUAGAAAUUCAAUUGAGUUACAAUUUUUUUUUUCAAUUUAUAUUAUAUAGGUUUUUAAAGCUUCGUGUUAUGAGUUUAUUGGUGGUUGACUGCCGUAAUCGUGACGUAUAUUGAUGCCAUAUUUAAUAGUCAACUUAAGCAGCAAUGAAAUUGAUUUCAGUAAAAAUUAUUCUUUGUAAAAUUUAUCGAAAAUCAUCACUAAGACAAAGUAUUUUGUUACAAAAAGAUAAAAAAAGUUAAUUUUCAUUCAUAGAAUGAAAGAAGCGUUGUAGAUAUCGAUGAGAAAGUCGCAAGAUGUGUUUAAUCUUGUAAAAGUUGGGCUGCCUGUGAAAAAGGUCUUGUCACUUAAAGUUAUUUUUGUGCUAAAUUUAUGUUUUGUAUGCAAGUCAAUCACGUGACUUAGACCCAGGCUCUUUCAUGCAGUGCAUGUUUGAGCUGUAUUACAUUUUAAUAGUAAACAAAUAUACGAUAUAAUAAAURGAAAUUAGAUGAAUCA